AUGUUUGGGUUGAUUGCUACGCUUUCGCUUGUGGUGGUCGGAGCUCAUUCCGCCGUCUUUUCCGAUGAUUUCGCUUACAACAACAUGCUCCCUCUGGCUGCUGCAGCUUAUUCAGACCAUCCGGAUGCAUGCGUCAGAAAUCACUUUAACGGACAGAUCUACAGAUUUUACAAGGUGGACUGCAAAGGCCCUUGGAGCGGAACUGCAUCAGUCUCAUGUGCGGCAUAUACGGCCCUGCUACCCAGUAGGAAAGCAAUAGUGCUGAGUUUCAGAGGGACAAACACACCCAUGCAGCUUUUCAAGGAACUUGUUCAUUGUAGAUUGAGUCAAGAACAACACUCAGAAUAUGAGAUUUGGAUAACUGGGCACUCACUGGGAGGUGCAUUGGCAUCUCUGGCGGCAUCUUAUUUAGUGGAGAAAAGAUUUGCACCGAGCUCAAAAAUAAAGUUAAUGACGUUCGGCCAGCCCAGGACAGGCGACGAGGAAUUUGCUGAUAGGUUUAAUAAAACGAUCGACUAUGCAUUCCGCGUCAUCCAUGCCAAUGAUGGGGUACCUCAUGUCCCACCCGAAAAGUUCGGAUACCGCCAUCAUAAACAGGAGGUUUACUACUCUGGGCAAGACAUAGGCACCAAUUAUCUAAGUCAACUCAAAAACGAAGUUGCCACCAGCGCUGCUGUGGUCCCCAUGGGGUCAGGUGAAGUGUCUUGGUACUUCUACAAUGCCUUCUCAAAUGUGUGGGGAAAUGACGCAAAAGGCGUAAAAGGUCUAGAACGUGCCUUCAAGAACCAGAUCGAACGACACCCUAAGUACGAAAUAUGGGUGACCGUCCUUUCGCUCGGAGGUGCCAUGGCGUCUCUGGCAGCGUAUCACAUCGCCAAAACUUAUAACAAGAUAUCUGAGCGGAUAAAUGAGCGGAUAAAGCUGGUAACAUUCGGAGAGCCAAGAACAGGCAAUGCUGCAUAUGCUGAAGACUUCAAUAAAAAGGUAGAAAUUUACAUAAUCAUUUACACAGCAUGCUCGAAUACCCGCUCUGCCUUGCUCUGUCAGUACACUAUGUCAGUAUACUAA